AGGGCUCAGCAGUCCUGCCACUUGGAGCACAUUGCAGGACCAGCGCCUUACACCACAUUUCAAUUAACGUUCAUACAAGGGGGGGGGUGAUUUGCUUGUGUCACCCUCUGGGUUUGUCAGAUAUCAGGCGCUGCUGUAAAAUGCACCUGUUUCCCCAGGCUUGUGGUAUCUAGGUUGAUAUACGGUGCCCAUCGCCACGGGCUCUGAGUGCAUUUCAGAGGACCUGAAAGGGGGAUUCCGUGUUGGGGAGGGUGGAUGAGGAGGGAGAAUUGUUAUUGUUAUUUCUAUUCCCCUAGCACCCAAGGGCCAGUCUGGGAGCUCCGCAGGGGCAGGUUUGCUCAGGCCUGGGGGGGCGGGGGGCUGGACGGCGGAGCCUGCGCCCCUCCUGCCCAGCGGAGAGAAGGACGCCAGAGGGGAAACCGAGCAAGCAGCUUUUCCAACUCCGGCCCGCCUGCUCCCAGCCGGCUCAGCCCUUCCCAGCCGCGACUUUCCCCCGGUCCCUUAACGGUCUUGCAGCCUGGCUCAGCACUUUGCUCACACUCCCUUGCGCUGCGAUGUGCGUCCCCCCCCUGGCUGCUGUGUGCGCGGUGCAAGGGGCUGGCGGCCCCACUUCCACUCCGGCCGAGGCGAAGGAAACCUCCAUGCUAGAGCCAUAUCACAUCCACUCCAGCAACAACAAACACCUCAAAGCCCGGAGCUGCUCUUUUUGCUGCCUGACUUUGCCUCAAAUUGACAGAGGAGGCUUUUUAAAUCCAGCUCCCCUGCCCCCCAUCCCAGCCACUUACCAAGUGAUUUGCUGUGAUGGAUUUCAGAUGGACAUGGAAUCUACAUAACAGACUGACGGAAGCAGAGGGACAGGGACGCUAGGUAGUCAGCAACAGGCAUCUAAAGGAGAGUGUAAGGCAUAUUCAGCAGAACCUGGUCUAGCCUAAGAAUUUGCCUAGAAAGUCCAGAAGCACAAGAUGACAGACGAGCCCAUUAAAGAGAUUCUGGGAGCUCCAAAGCAUCCUGAACCUGUAACGAUGGAGAAGAGCAAUAACAACGACUGCGUGGUAACCACUGUCCCUUUGGUCAGUGAGUGCCAGCUGACUGCAGCAACUGGAGGAGCGGAGCUGUCCUGUUACCGUUGCACUAUCCCCUUUGGCGUGGUCAUUCUUAUAGCUGGAGUGGUGGUCACCGCUGUGGCGUACAGCUUCAAUUCCCAUGGCUCAAUCAUCUCAGUGUUUGGACUGGUCCUCUUGUCAUCUGGACUCCUCUUGCUGGCUUCUAGCGCCUUGUGCUGGAAAAUCAGGCAACAGCACAAGAAAGCCAAAAGGCGGGAGAGUCAGACAGCGCUUGUGGCGAAUCAGAGAAGCUUGUUUGGUUAGAGACUACCAGGAAAACCGCAAACAGAAGAGAGCUCCCUUGUAAGUCAAUUUGACUAUUUAUUGAUAAGUCAGACCGCAGGAAGUCUUUGACUGGAUUGGAAUGAAAAUGGGUUGGAUUGAGAGACUCUAGGAGCAUCUUUGGAAUUGUUAGUAUCUGUCUUUUCACAGACUUACAGACAGUGAUAUUUCUUCCAAGACAGAGGGGGGAAAAAAGGUGGAUUUUUUUUUUCUUCACAGAAAAAAAAUGUGUCAUGACUUAUUCUUUUGACUGCAGUUAACACUCAGAUACUAUUGGAAAGGGAGCCCGGUGAACAAUCAAGAAAAUAACUUAACCUGAUCUGAUGUGCCAGAAACCUGCUUAAAAAUAAUACGCACUGUGAGGUCUGACCAAGGGAGGAGUUGUAGCAUUUGAACAGAUGACAAAAAAAAAAAAAAAA